UCCCACUCCCCAUAGCCGGCCGGUUGCGCGCGCCGGGAAGCCCCUCUCUCCCUCGCAAUGUUCCUUCAUACUGUGAACUGGCCGCGUGGCCCUCCGGCCGCUCCGGCCGCGGUGGAGUAGCUCGGAAGACACAGUUUCCGGGCGAUCCAGGCGGCAGGGUCGCGACUGAGACUUGCAGACUGGAUCACCCUCCCUUACCCUGGUGCGAGCCAUCCCGGGCGCACCGGGAACCCAGAGCCCGGCGCACAUCCCGUCGUAACCCAGGAGAGUGCCUAGGGCGCGGGGGUCGCCAAAUGCCCCCUAGGAGCCAAGGAGAGACUGGGCCGCUGCGGCGCUCCUCCUGGUGUCCCUUCGGCGCCCCGCGUCUUCUUGGCCCGCCCGCCCGGCUUCCUGCUCGCUCCGCCGGGACUUCCUCCCCGCAGUGCAGGGUGGCCACUGGGCGCCAGACCCGGAGGCGGGGGACCGGACUACAGGGAUUGGGGGGCGGAAAGGAGAGGAGGAGACCUGGGUCGGGAGGGGAGGCGCCCCGGAAGGCCCCGGGCAGGGGUGGGGGAGGGGCCCUGGAGCAGGGCCGGGGAAUGUCUCCGGCCGCCCCUCGGCUCCAGCUCCCGGACCCUUUCGUCGGACGCUCGCGGCCAGCGUACUCGGGGCCGCGCGCAAACCCUGCCCCAUCCCGGGAGCUGCGCAGUGCGUUCACGCCCACCCAGCUCCGGAGGCAGCGCGGCCCCGCGUGCGUCUCUGGGAGCCGGGUUCCGGGACAGGGGCGCCGGCGGGUGUCCCGCGCGCCCUCCGCGCCCCCGGCCCGCGCGCGGUGGCCGGCCGAGCGGGGCUUUGUGACGUCAGGCGGCCGGCGGCGUCACGCGCGGGCUGACCCGGCGGCGGCGGCGGCGGCGGCGGCGGCGGGCGGGCGGGGCGGGCGGGGCGGCCGGGACGCGGGAGCAUGGAGCCGCGCGCCGGCUGCCGGCUGCCCGUGCGGGUGGAGCAGGUCGUCAAUGGCGCGCUGCUGGUCACUGUGAGCUGCGGGCAGCGCAGCUUCGCCGGGAUCCUGCUGGACUGCACGAAAAAGUCCGGCCUCUUCGGCCUGCCCCCAUCCACUCCACUGCCCCAGGCCGAGGACACCCCUGUCAAUGGCUGCCAGGGCCCAGCCGCCACAGAGGGGGACCCAGAGGCAAUGCAGCUGGGAACAGGCCCCCCGCCGCCUUCCUGCCCUGAGCCGCCCCCGCCCCUGGUGCUGCCGCUGCCCGCUGGAAGCCUGCCCCCCUUCCCGCCAUAUUUUGAAGGCGCCCCCUUCCCGCCCCCACUCUGGCUGAGGAACACCUACCAGCAGUGGGUGCCACAGCCACCACCCCGGACAAUCAAGAGGACAAAGAGGCGCCUGUCCCGCAACCGUGACCCUGGCCGGCUGGCCCUGAGCCCCAUCUGCCUGCGGCCACGGCGGGUCCUCUGCGAGAAGUGCAAGAGCACCCUGAGCCCCCCAGAGGCUGGCCCCACGCCCCCGGCCACCCCCCGGCCUCGCAGGAGGCUGGGCAGUGGCUCCGACCCAGACAGGGAGCUCCGCAAACACGAGGACCCAGAUGGCGGGGGUGAAACCGCGGCCUCGGCCACCACCAGGAGAAGCAAGAGGGAGAGGCGGGAGGAGGACCAGGCUCGGGUCCCACGGAGCCCGGCCAUCAAGAUCUCCUACAGCACACCUCAGGGCAAGGGCGAGGUGGUGGAGAUCCCGUCCCGCGUGCACGGCUCCCUGGAGCCCUUCUGCCCCCCGCAGACCCUGCACGGCGCCCCGGACCCCGAGGCGGCUCGGGACAGGCCACCUGACGGGCCCUCCGCCUCCAUCCCGAAGCUGAAGCUGACACGGCCCAUGCCCCCCAGUGCUGACCUGCCGCCCCCCAAGAUCCGCCUGAAGCCCCACCGCCUGGGCGCUGGUGAGCAGGAGCCUGUCUAUAGGGCUGAGCUGGUGGAGGAGCUCAACGGCCGUGGGCAUGGUGCCCAGGCCAGCUCCCCUGCCCACCCUGCCUCUGGCUCCGCCCACGGUGCCCUGGCGGACUUGUCUUCGGGAAGUUCUGGGGAGGAUGACGACUUCAAGACGUGUCCCCAGGGUAAACACGGGCGCCACAGCCUGGCCUUUCUUGCCAGCUGCUCUGGGAGCAGGACAGACUGCACCAGGGAUUCGCUGUGGAGCAGCGACAGCCUGGACGAGUCCAAAUCGUCCAGCUCCGAAGUCACGUCGCCAGACACAUGUGACCUCUCCUCUGGCGAUGGCGUGUCCGUGCCGUCCACCUCCAAGCGCGCGGGGCAGACGGUUCCGCCCCUGACGGUCAGGCUGCACACACAGAGCCUCUCCAAGUGCGUGACCGAGGAUGGAAGGACCGUGGCCGUAGGGGACAUCGUGUGGGGUAAGAUUCAUGGUUUCCCUUGGUGGCCAGCACGUGUCCUUGACAUCAAUCUUAGCCAGAAGGAGGACGGGGAGCCCUCUUGGCAAGAAGCGAAAGUCUCGUGGUUUGGUUCUCCAACGACAUCAUUCUUGUCCAUUUCCAAACUCUCCCCUUUCUCUGAAUUUUUCAAACUGAGAUUUAACCGUAAGAAGAAAGGGAUGUAUCGGAAAGCUAUAACAGAGGCCGCCAAUGCCGCGCGACACGUGGCCCCGGAAAUCAGGGAGCUCUUAACCCAGUUUGAAACAUGACUGGGGCUCCCUGGCCAGGUCACCGACGAUGAGGGCAUGGCCGUUCUCCUGGAGCUUCCGACUUUGGGGGUGUCCUCCAUGCCCCCCAUUCCGUCCGAGGGGCCCUGCGUGCCUUCUGGCCGGCUGCGUGCAGAACCACGCCAGGCCCGCGGUGGUCAGCCUGGCGCCGGGCUUCCUGGGAGGAGCAGGUGUGUCUGGCUGUAAGGACAGAACCACAGCAGCGCCGCGGGGCCUGGCGGCUGAAUGUAUUUAUUCUCCUGGCGCGGACGUUCGCUUUUCUGGCUGUGGAGCAGCGGGGGCCCGGGACCCCCUCACCCUCUGCGGCCUCAUCCCUCCUGGGCAAGGCUGUCAGCUCAGGGCCACCCUGCAGGCUCCAGGACACCAAUUGCACGUGUGGGUCCUUCAAGCCCUCGCAGGGUCUCUGUGCACUAGAGGGGCGGACACCCACCCUCCUCCUCCCCGCUCACCGGAGCUUGGGUCCCACCUGGCGCCCAGCACAGGCUCCAGGGCCCCCGCCCCCGAGAUGCCAGGAGGUCCCCGUAUGUGUGAGGCUAUGAGGGCUGUCACUUUGAUAACAGACUUGACCACAGAAAGGACAAAACGUCGCUCUGCUGUUUGUAAGGGUGUGUUCCUUUCCCUCUUUUGUCACUUUAAAGACCAAAAAGAAAUAAGAAAGAAAAAAAAAAUGAGUUUUGCUCUUUCUUUGUUCAGCGUUUUUGAGAAGAGAGGGAGCUGUGUGUCCACUGGUACCUGUGCCCCCCGAGCUCGGCUGCCCUGUUGAAGGGACCCCACCCAUGUUGAGGUCUGCCCGCCAAGAGACGGCCACCUGUUCCCAGCGCUGCUGCUCAGGGCGGCAGUGGGUUCCGCCUCCCUCGGGCCCUGUAGGUGACACCGAUGUCCCCAGUGGGGCAACAUCUCUGCAAACGGGUCAAUUCUGCUGCGGUUUCUCCCAGGGGUCCCUCAUCUCCUGUUUCCUCUGGGUCCCCUCUCCAGGGAGCCCCCUUCCUGCCCCUGCCUUGUGGUCUCAGCAGAGCCAUGGCCCCGAUGAGGGGCAGGUGGCCUGGCCUCCAAGUGCCAGGGCCCACCUUGAGGGGAGAAGUGGCUGCCCCACGGGUGUCACCUGGGUCUGGGGAAGUACGAGGCAGAGAGAGACAGGGCGUCCUUCGUAAGCUGGGCAUUGCCCCCUGGAGAAACAUGUCUUAAAUGAGGUGACCUCGGCUCAGGUUCCCGGAGGUGGUCAGCCACAUGCAGCUCUGGCCUGGACACCUUUACUCCUGAGCACCCAGCCGGGGUUCCCGAGCUCAGGUUCAAGGACAGACCCGUGCAGGGACUUUGGAUUCAGCAGCAUCAUCUCAAGCUCCAGGGCUGGGCGAGGCCCCACGGGAGACAUACGCAGGCCCUGCCCCGGGCCACCCCCUCCUAAGGGCCAGCUGAGGUCCAGCAGUUGAAGCCCAGCCCCAAAGUGACCCUCAGGCCUCUAGGCUCCUGGUCUCUUGGCUGUCCAGUCCCUGAUGGCCCAAUGCUGUCCAGUCCUGCUGGGUGCCAUCCCGCUCUGGGCCUGGGUUCUCUGCCGUGCCCACAGCCACCCCCUAGCUCAGGUGCCCAGGAUGGGGUGCCUCUCUCAGGGCUGCCCUCACUGAAGCCCUCAGCCCAUUUGAGGGGCUGGAUGGAGCCGAGUCCUGGCUGCUCCCGCUGGAACUGGCCAGUUCUCCACCCCCACCCUACCCAGCCAGGGACGCUGGCCCCUGGGUGUGCUGGGACAGACAGCAGUUGUAAUUAAAAGGGAAGGCGGCUUUGUGUAUUUUUAAGGCUUUGUGACUGUUUCUUUAGGCAGCAAAUUAAUCAUGUUUUCAUGUCAGUUUGAUUUCAUGGUGCUCACACCCUGCUUGGCUGUGUGGUCGUCAUUCAUCCCGGGAUCUGGGAGGUGAGCAAGACCCCAUACCUGGGCUGGUGCCCCUCCUUCCUGGGUGACAUCCGGGUGCCAUGGUGACAUCGGCACUCUGCCCCUUCCCCUACCCAGCCAGCCCUCCAGAGAGGGCCCCGCACAAUGGUGUGGGAAGUGGGUGCGCGUCCCUGGGGGCGAGGGCACUUGGGAACACCUCCUCCCUGGGACAGGCUGGGGGGAGGGAAGCCAUGCCAGCCUGUGAGGCCUUGCUGGGCCCUGGGUCGGUGACGCUGUCACCAAGGCUGGCCUCCCUCCCUGCCCCGCCCGCCGGAGGAGGCAUCCUGGCAGCCCCAGCCGAUUUAUUUUUAGCCCUGCCUGAUGCCAAGAUUGGCCUUCUCACCUCAGAUCAGAAAUCGGAGGGUGAGGCCCUCAGGCCUCUGAUGGCAGGGCAGCCAGUCUGAAGAGCAGGACGCUGGCUUCAGGCCGCUGGUCCUGCUGCCUUUCU